AUGGGCGCCUGUCAGUCAUGCCUGGGCAGCCGCAAGCCUGAGGUUGUAGAGGAGAGCGAGGAGAAUAGACUGCUCUACGAUGAUGCCAACGGUAUCCAAUACGGCAGCUUCAACGACGGCGUGAUGCCGGGCGACGAGACGAUCGAGACGCAGCGUGAGAAUGAGGCUUUGCAGCGGGUUGUCGCAAAGACAUCCAGUAACAUGGUCGAUGUUUUCGACAUUGCGCCCCGCAAUCCCGGAGCAGAGGCGGCUGCUACCGCGUUCGGAUACACUUCCCAAGACGCUCGUGCGGCUCGCUAUCAGCAUCUCGUAUCGAAGCUUCACACGGAACAGGGCGAGCAGCCUGCGGGUAUCAAGGUCGAUUGGCUCGAUGGCGACCAGAGUCUCAAGAACAACGAUCGCCCGAUGAGCCUGAAAACACUGGACGACGAUGACGAUGCUCUGGUGGGCACGUUUGCCGAUGCUGCAGCGGCUGCGACACGAUAA